UCUCUCUCUCUCUCUCUCUCUCUCUCAACCAAUCAAUCAAUGGUGUAAUGUAUUUACGACAGUGAUUGGAUAUUAAACUAACAGCUGAGACCAAUUUUGGCCAUCCAUAUAUUCAUAUAUUAUAGCAAACUGAACGCAAUACUACUAAUAUCUUAUAUCAUUACCCAAUACCACAACUUAAGUGAUAUUACGUGGAUUAUGUUUCAUUAUUUCAUCUGUAUGUAGUUUAAUUAGCAAUGUUGACGAUGUUGAGAGUAGUUUCAUUAGCCGGUGAUUAACUCGGCUAAUUCUGCAUAUAUAUCAUAUAAUUUAAAGGAUACCUUUGCUCAGUACGGUGGGCCGUGUAAAUCACUUGAAUCUAAUGAGCAUUCUGAACUCCGAGACCCGCUACCAUUUAGCUAUCAUUUAGUUUUUGAGAGAUAUGCAGUUUAUACGGACACUGUGGAAAAAGUGAUGUUUGAAUUCCAUGUUGUACUUUGGGUUUUACCAAUCAGAAGGUGGCCAUAACGACGAUGACGAAACCGUACAGGAUCGGAUUUAUAAAUGCUGCCAGUACGCAAUAAAGAUUCAUAAUUCGACGCUUUUCGAGAAACUGUACCAGACAAUAUCCCACAACGAUAUACAUUCAUCGAAUCUUUUCCAAGAGGCUUGUAGAGUAGGUUGUAUAGCUACCAUGGAUCUGUUGAUUAAAUCUGGUCUCAAAGUGAACAAUGACUACCCCGGAUUAGCGGAGGAUGAUAGCGCAAGUCCCCUCCUGUUGGCCGUGGAGAAUGGAAACGCGAAUAUUGUGAAGUACCUUUGUUCGCUGCCGGAAAUUGAUAAAAAUGCUGCAAAUAAAUAUGGCAAGACAAGUAUAAUGGUGGCUGCCAAUAAAGAGAACUCCGUCUGCCUUGAUGCACUGAUUUCCGGCGGAUGUGACGUUACCGCUGUUGAUAAAUCGGGAAAUACUGCCUUACACCACGUUUGUUAUCCGUUAAAACGAUCGAACAAAGCAUUACAGUGUAUGAAAUUACUAAUUAAUGCCGGAUGCGACAUUAAUGCUCGGAAUCAUUACGGUGACACAGCCGUACACGCCGCUCAAGUUAGACUCCAUUAUCAUCUAGUUCAGUUUUUGAUCUCUAAAAAUUGUAUUGUUGGUCCAAACGACUUCAGAGAUGUUCCUUGUUUAAAAAGUUUGUGUUCUGGCAAGACUUACAGCAUUAUUCGACAAGGCUCACUUUAUUACUUCAAUGGAUUCACGUGGUGUUGCCAAGGCACUGUUACUAAGAACGAUAACUCUAAUCUAAUCAAUUCUAGAAAGUCAUCUGUGGCCUUCCAAUCCCUUAAAGACGCCUGCCGAUUUGAAAUUCGUACUUUAUUAGGAACAAAUAUAGCUGAAAAGGUUAGCAAAUUAGGCGUGCCACAUAUUAUCCAGGAUUAUAUUUUAUUAAAAGAUAUUCUGCCGGAUAACUGCUUUAUAGGCUAAUAGGUAUAUCCCACCCUAUGAUGUAUAGCUAAUAGUUAUAAUUGCCUUAACACCGACAUUGUGCAAUUAUGUUUCCAUAUAGCCUUUGGCAAUAUCAGUUGGGUUGAAAUGACAUCAAUGAACAAACCAAGAAUUGUUUAUUAUUGUGAAGUGUCUGAUGGACAUACGUUGUUUAAGACGUUUGGGUGUUUCUGGAAUUAAUCUAGGUCUGGUUGUUUGCUUGCCGGUUUGACAUAAUCGUGUUUGUGUAUUUAUUGUACUAAGCAUGUACAUACUGCGCACAGUACCCGGACAGAAAGGAUUGUCGGAUAGGUUACGGUCGAGGGUCAUUUUUAAUUACACUUUUUAUUUACCAAUCCCAUUAAUUUCCGAUAUCAAUUAUAUUUCAAUUACUUUCUAACAUCUGAGAUAUUUGCUUUGAAGAGAGAGCUCUAAACACGUAAACUGGUUUACAAAUCAAAUUAUCUGCUUUGUUUUAUAUAUACUAUUCAAAAAAAGUAGGGGAUAUUUGAUUUUUAAGUGUUAUUAAAGUCACCUAAUGAAACUGACGAAGAAACAAAUGACAAAAUGAAAUGAAGUUCACAUUCAUCGAUUUAUUCCAAAUGAUCGUUAGACUAAGUAAGGCACAGACUGACCAUUAUAAGGGUAAAAUGAUACCCGGGGUCAAACAGCAAAGUUACCACAGCAUCACAACCAAGUCAGUAACGGGUAAAUCCUCCUCUGUUUGCCAAACAAGCAUUGAUCCGACGUGGCAUACUCCUAAUGAGACGUCUAAGGACAUUUUGGUCCAGAUUGUCCCAUUCCUGUUGCAACGCAGCAGCAAGUUC